CCCUGCCUUAAGAUGGCGGCGGCGGAAGGGGUGGAGGACUGCUAGUUUGUGAUGGUUGCGUCGAGGCUGGAGUUGAACCUGGUCCGGCUGCUGUGCCGCUGCGAGGCGAUGGCAGCAGAGAAGCGGGACCCGGACGAGUGGCGUCUAGAAAAGUACGUGGGAGCCCUCGAGGACAUGCUGCAGGCCCUGAAAGCCCAGACGAACAAACCGGUUUGUGAGGUGAUCAAUGAAUAUUCCCGCAAGGUUGACUUUCUGAAGGGGAUGCUGCAGGCAGAGAAGCUGACCUCCUCCUCAGAGAAGGCACUAGCCAACCAGUUCCUGGCCCCUGGCCGAGUGCCAACCACAGCCAGGGAGCGGGUGCCUGCCACCAAGACGGUUCACCUGCAGUCCCGGGCACGGUACACCAGCGAGAUGCGGAGUGAGCUGCUAGGCAUGGAUUCUGCUGGAGAGCCCAAGCUGGACAUGAGGAAGAGGACCGGGGUGGCAGGUCCCAGGCCAGGGGAUGAGAAGCAGUCGGCUGCUGAGCUAGACUUCGUCCUGCAACAACACCAGAACCUCCAGGAGAAGCUGGCAGAAGAAAUGCUAGGCCUGGCCCGGAGCCUUAAGACCAACACACUAGCUGCUCAGAAUGUCAUCAAGAAGGACAACCAGACCCUGUCGCACUCACUCAAGAUGGCUGACCAAAACCUGGAGAAGCUGAAAACAGAAUCAGAACGGCUGGAGCAGCAUGCACAGAAAUCUGUCAACUGGCUGCUUUGGGCAAUGCUUAUCAUUGUCUGCUUCAUUUUCAUCAGCAUGAUCCUCUUUAUCCGUAUCAUGCCCAAACUCAAAUAAAAGACCGGGCCCCACCCUGGCCAAUUUGGAUCAGCAGUUGGAGCAUCACCCCAAGGACUGAAGAGUCACGGGUUCGAUUCUGGUCAGUGGC